AUGUUGGAUUUCAGCCCGGAUGAUCAGAAGAAGGUUAUUUUCAGCCAAUUAGCAGCAUCAGUGUUAUUUGCAAACAUGAUUCUUUUACCACAAUGUUCUGUUCGUCUUGAGAUGCUUUUCUAUACAGAUCUCAUAUUCUUCCAAGUCUCAGAUAAAAGCAAGUACUUGAAAAAUACAAAUUACGAUUUCUCUGCAGAAGGAGAUCUCCAGUACGAAGGCUUGAAAGAACUCGUUCUUAAGUACUUCAGAGAUGACAGAGUUGAUUUGGCCCACUUUAUCCAUUGCAAAAUGAAUCAAGGUCUUUCAGUUGUCAGAGGUGUCACUCGCAGUGAUAGCAAAUGGCAAGGAUUUACAUCUGAUGCAACAUUCGGUUACCAUGGUCGCUUUGAGCUUGCCUUUGUUCACGAAAUCGGACAUCAAAUUGGCGCUCACCAUCCAUUCACAUUUAAACCAAAUGGUGGAUUCUAUGCUACAGAAGUAGGAUCCGGUGUAUCAAUCAUGGCUUAUCCAGGAAGAUCAAAUGGAGAUGAUGUACAACCAACUAAUUAUCCUUAUUACAACAUUCAAAAUCUUGAUGAAAUUACAAGAUUCCUUGCAACAGCUUAUCAUGUUAACACAGAACCGAAAGAAGAUCAGCCACCUGUUAUUGAUGAUAUGAAGAGACUUUAUUACAUUCCAAAAUCAACUGCUUUCCUUCUUCAAGGAUCUGCACAUGAUAAUGAUGAUCCUGUUUUAUAUUAUCACUGGGAAACAAUUGAUGAAUAUGCUGGAGUUGUUACUAGAAAAACAUUUGGAUCAACUAGAACCAAAGGUCCAAUCAUGAGAGAUUAUGAUGUAACAACAGACAACUUCAGAUAUAUUCCUAAAUUAGAAAGAAUUCUUGCUGGUAAGAUACUUGAAGAAGCUCCACCAACAGAUUGGGAAACAGUUCCAUCAGUUGCAAGAACAUUAAACUUUGCAUUUGUUGUCAGAGACAAACAAUAUUACUCCGGUGAACCAGGAUAUGUCACAUUUGAUACAGUCACAUUACAAGUUACAGAUGAUGGUCCAUUCAAAAUCACCUCAUUGAGCAGUGCAUCAUCAUUUAGAAGAGGUAGUAAAACAACAAUCCAAUGGGAUGUUGCAGGAACAAAUGCAGGAAGCAUCAAUGCACAAAAGGUAACAAUUAAGUUCUCACCAGAUAGAGGUCAAACAUGGCAAGAUUUACAUAGUAAUGUUGACAACACAGGAAGUUACGAAAUCACAUUUCCGAAUGUUGCAACAACACAAGGAAGAAUCAUGAUCAAACCAGAUGAUAAUGUUUUCUUAACAAUUAAUACUGCUGAUAUAACCCUUACAUAA